AUGCCGUCGGCGAGUCAUCGCAGGUCCACUAUGCAGACGACCAGUUCCACCGUUACAACAAGCAUGAUCACCACCACCGGCAAUGAUCACGAUGAAGAAGGGAUCUUUGUUUUUGUAGUUGCGGGGAAUCCGCUCCGUGCACGUAGCAAACCCUCCACGGACUCUCACGAUCGGACUCGACUCGAGUUUCAGCCCGGUGAACUCGUAUCGGCUGAUCUCAUUCAUCGUCCCAACAGCAACAGCAUAAACACGGAUAGUCAGCUGUUCUUUCUACGCUUGACCGAUCGAGCGGGAUGGGUGUACGGCACAACCAUCGCCACGCUCCAGCCAGUAGCGAUCGAAUCAGGGUUGUGGUGUUCCUACAUAAUGUGCGCCCAGUUUCUGCGGAGGCAUCCCGUUCAAUCCGCCGAUCUGAGUUACGAAACGCACUACAUGGCGUACCAAAAAGUUUACACUGAUGCCCGAGUUGUUCAUCCUACUACCUCUGUUGUCUAUUACCGUGUCCAAGGCACCCGCGGCUGGCUGGCGGAUAGAGAUGAACACUGGAAUCAAGACAAACAUGAGUCACCCACCACUGCCAUCCACGCCAUGACGUCCAAAGCAGUUCCCCGAAAUCAAAUCGUCAUGGUUGAUUGGAUACUGCAACACCAACAUCGAGAUACAGAAAACGAGGAUGAUGGUCCUUAUUUACGUUUGGCCGAUGGCUCGGGAUGGUUGUUCGAAUACAAGAGUGGUAACUGCACUAUGCAAUCGGUGCCAGUAAAGCUCGGGACUUGGGAGAUCCAGAUCUUGAAUCCACCUGUUGGAGUCGGUGUGCGUACCUAUCCACAAGACACCCAAGAUAGGGUGACCGGUCUCAUUUUGGAAACAGACGAAACAGUGCAGUGUGACUGUGCCAUUGAAUCGCAGGGCGUUAUCUUUUAUCGUUUGACUAAUACUGGGGGCUGGGUUCCAGACCGAAUGCACAAUGAGCCCUUGUUGGAGAUUCUGUCGCUAUCAUACGCAACGUCCAACGAACGUAGGAAUUCCCCUUGGACGGUCGAUUUUGUUCGCGGUAUUGUUGCAACGGUGCCCGGAACCCGAGAAUAUUCGUACCAAAGUCAGACCAACGUGUUACGAUUGCAAACAAUGGAUCAGGUUUUCGUGCACGUUUAUCUGGACACCCGUACCGUAGGGGCCAUCUUGCCCCGAGAAACGCGGCAACGCUGUCAAAGAGAUUGCCGGGCAAUGGAUCUAUUGGAAAUCUUGACCAAGACUCCACAAGUUUGGACCCAUGAAUGGGAUAACGGAGAUGAAAGCAAAGAUGACGACUAUUACGGAAUCAGUACUAGUGUCAGCGAGAUCCACGAAGAAGAAGAAUGGCAAUGUCGUCAAGAUCUGUUGCAAUGCGAUUCGGAUUUGCAGCAAAUUCAGAAACAGCGACAGAAAUUGAUUCAGGCAAUCGAAACGUACGAUCAAAAUCGUAUUGAAAUGCUCAAAAAGGAGGCCGAGAAAGACGAUAAGAUUUACAAUCCCAUCGUUCACACUGAAGCCGUAAAGGAAGCCCAUUUGCCGCCUAUGAAGCCGCUUCCUGCUUCAUCGCCAAAUAUUCCCAACGUCCAACAUGUCAAGCUUAAAUCAUUGAGGUCGGGGAGCGGUCGUUCAUAUGACCAUACCAACGGUGUUACCAUUGUAGGUAUGCCUCAUCCCAUAGAAUCAGGGAGCCUUACUAAGCCGGGUCGAAACCUAGCGGUAGCCUCGCGAAGUUCGUCCACGAAGUCUUCCAAACCACACCAAAACCGCCCAGUCGUCGACGUGCUGAUUGAAGACAACAGCAACGUCCAAGCCGGUCUCUUCACCAGCCCCAUGUAUGCGUGUACCUCAAGUCCAUCGUCCGCAGCUCCAACGUCCAGCAACAGAGGAGAAAGGAGUUUGAGCCGUUUGAGUCGGGCCAGAAAGAGACCUGGUCGCGGUAUGUUUUCUUGCGGAGAGUGCAAUAAGCGGUUCGAAUCCAUCGAAAAGCGCGAUCGACACUGCAUCGAGUCCCACGGUACUUACUGCGAUCGCUGUGAUCGUGUAUUCAAGUCUUUUGCGGCUCUCGACCAGCACGUUCAAUUGGAAGGGCACCAGUAG